AUGGGUGAUAUUUACGAAGAUAUAUCGUUUGGUUAGCAAGUCUUUGACCAGCUAGAAGCAGAUUUUAGAAGAAUUAUAGAUGAAUUAGCAGGCGAAUAAAGUUUGGAAAGAUUCAGAGUAGAAUAUGAAAAGCUUCACAGGGCUCUUAGAACAUCUUACGAAAAUGAAAAAAAGCAAUUAGCAAGAAUCAAAGAAUUGAAUGAUGAUAUAGUUUAGCAUGCAGCAAAAUUGCAAAUGGCUUUAAAGCUAACUCAAGAAGAUACAGAUACAAUUUAAAUGCUUAAAACAGAAUUAGAAAAAGCUUAUAAAGUUUUAGAAACUUCAAGAGAUCGUGAAGAAAAAUCAAAGGGAAAAAUAGAGAAAUUAUAAACUGAAAUUAAACAUUUAACAUAGCUUAAUGAAACUUCAAAUAAUCCUAAUAUGUAUAAAAACGAAACUGUUGAGAAAUUAACAAAAUAAAAUGAAGAAUUAAAAGCAGCCUCAGAAGAGUUUUAGAAAUAGCUUGCUUUAUUGAGAAAUGCAUUAAAUGAUUCUACUGAUAAGCUUAAACAAAUACAGAAUGAAACAAGUAUAAUUAAAUCCAAGAUAAAAGAAGAAACUAAAUAGAAGCAGGAAAUAGAUGAAAAAGUAAAUAAAGAUAAUGAUCGUUGCAAAAAGAUUGAAGAGGAAUUAAAGAUUUUGAAAGAUAACCAUGAAAAAGAAGAUGCCCUCAGAAAGAAGAUGGAAGACGAAAAUAAAUAACUCGAAAAUACUAAGGCUUCUAAUUAAAUUGAAUACUAAGCUAGACUUGAUGAAAUAAAGAAGCUUGAUUAAAAUAAGAAGCAACUUGAAAAUGAUAAAAUAAGUCUUGAAAUUAUAGAAAAAGAGUUGAAAAGAAAAAAGGAAGAAUGUGAAAUAGAAUACAAAUAGAGAGAAGUAGAGAAAAAGCAGAGAGAAAAGGAGCUCCACUAAAGACACACAGAAUCUGAUCAACUCAAGAAAGAAAUUGAUAAAUUAGAAGCAAAAAAAUAACAAGCAACUCAGCAAAAAGAAAAUUCCAUUCGUUCUAAAUAAAUGGUUAUUCAAAGUGCAACCUAACUUGAGAGAUAAGUUUUUGACACUAAAAAAUUAAAUGAGGAAGAUCUUUAGUUAAUUAAAGAGUUGAAGAAUGCAAGAGAAUUACUUGAGAGAAGUUUAUAAAAGACAGACAAACAAAAUAAGGAAUAAGGUGAUAAGAUUAAGAAGCUUGAUAGAGAAAUUACUGAAAAAGAAAAAGAAAUCAGAGAAAAGGGAUGGGAACUUGAUUAAAUGAAAAGGUAAUUGGGUGAUUUAGAAAAAGAAAAGGAGAAGUUUGGCAAACAAGCUGCCUAAGCCAAUGCUGAAUAUUUCAGAAGACUUGAAGAAAUUAAGUUAAAAGACAAUCUCAUAUCUGAAUUCCAAAAGAAAAAUGUAGAAACUGAAGCUAAAUUAAAGCGCCAAUAAACACUUUACGAAGCUGUGCGUAGUGCCAAAAAUUUAUAUUCCAAGAAUCUUUCAGAAACUUAAGAUGAAAUUGCUGAAAUAAAAAGAAGAUAUAAAAUUACUAAUCAUUAAAUUUCUUAGCUGAAAGAAGAAAUAGAUGCUAAAGAAAUAGCUCUUGCCAAAGAACACUUUGAACAUAAAAAGAAAGAUAAAACUAUUGAAGAACAUGCUCACAUAUUAGAAAAAAAUAAAAAAGAUAUUGACAGAAUGCAAGAAGAAAUUAAAAAUUUUAAAGGUGAAAUAAACAAACUCUAGUUCAUUAUCAAAGAAAGUGAGGGGAAAAGAGCUAAGCUAAAAGAAGAGUAUGAAGUUGUUGUAAGUGAAAGAGAUAUUCUUGGUACUUAAUUAAUUAGGAGAAAUGAUGAGUCUGCAUUGCUCUAUGAAUAAAUCAAAAUAUAAUAAAGAACCCUAGCUGAAGGUGAAAAAGCAUACAGAGAAAGAGAAGGAGAUAUCUAAUUGUUAGAAUAUAAGAAAAAUGAUUUAGUUAGGUCUUUGAGAAUUUAUAAGAAAUAAGUGUCAGACAUUCCUGACUUAAAAAAUAAUAUUAAAAAUUUAAGAAAAGAAUUGAUUGAAGAAUAAUUAAAAGUAAAAGCUCUUUCAUAAGAGUUAGAAAGUCCUAUGAAUGAAUCUAGAUGCAGAAAAUUAGAAGGAAGUGAUCCUGAUGUCUUUGAAAUGAGAUAAAAACUGUAAACAUUGUAAAGAAGAUUAAUAAGCAAAACUGAAUAGGUAGUUGAAAAAGAAGUUUUAAUUCAAUAAAAAGAAAAGUAAGUCUAGGAAUUAAGAGAAAUUAUGUAAAAGUAACCUGGCCCAGAGGAAGCUAAGAUGUUAUCUAGUCUCCAACAAAACUUAAAACAAAGAACAAGACAGAUGAAGGCAUUAGCUGCUGAGUUGAAUAUGUAUUAAGCAUAGGUAUUGAUUACUAUUUCGAAUUAAAUUUUAGUAAAAGUUUUAAAUUACAAUUUUAAUAUUAACAGGUAAACGAAUACAAGUACGACAUAGAAAAGCUUAACAAAGAAAUCCAAGAAACAAAAAGAAAAUAUUUAGAAUAACGUAAAAAGGAAUAAAUUCAAAAAGAAUAAAUGCAAUAUGCUUAAUCAAAAUGAAGAAAUAAAUUAAUUUUCAUACAUUUAUUAUUAAAGGAAAUUUAAUCUUAAAAUAAAGCACUAUAAACCAUUAAAAUAAAUUUAUAAUGUUUGUUUAUUUCUUUAAUCUGUUGAUAUUUUAUCAUAUAACAACUAAAUCAAUUAAUUUAUUAAAAAUUUUUUAUUCUUCAUUUAUUAAUUCUUAAAAAAAAAAAGAUUGCUAAAUUAAUUUUAACAAUAAAAAAAACUAAAACUUUAAAAAUUCAAAUUUUAAUUUAAUUAAUUUCUAUUGCUAAUAUGUUAUAUUAUAUCUUAGUAAAAAUAAUAAGUUUUUAAAAAACGUUCUUUUUAUAAUAAAAUUAUGAAAGUUCAAAAAUUUAGUGUUUUUUUGUUUUUAAUAUGA